AUGACCGUAGUGGGAGACACAACCAUGUUUGAUUUGACGAAACAAGUGCAGGCUUUUAAUGAUAAGUCUCCGCGAAACAUUACUCUGGAUUUGUACUCGAGUCGGGACAACAUUCCGCCUGUUGAGCCUUCUCGUCGACGCUCGCCACUCUCAUCUGGCUCAAGGACACAAAGUUGUGAAGCUAAUUCUCGCUCCAAUAAUUCCCAAGACUUUUCCCCGGCCAACUGGUCACAGACCACCUCUUCCGCAGACCAAGCGAUCCCAACGUCAACUCCGAAGAAAGUGUAUCCACUGGUAUUUCAUCCUAGCCCGAUUGCCCACAGCAAAUCGUCCGCUGAUGUUCCAGAGGAGGGGACGAUUGCUUCGCUGAGGCUGCAGACACUUGGGGAUCGGGAAUGUUUGGAGCCUAGCAAUACAACCGCGCAUCAGCUUGAGGCGUCUCCUCCUCCACCUGCCCACCCGUCGAUGCAUUCCCCUGCGGAUUCGAUGUCACCAGGUUUGAAAGACAAUGAGGAGGAUGCAAAUAAAUUUGAGGUUAAGGAAGACGAAGACAAACAGAUGGUAGAUCGGGACCAGCAGUUACUGGAUGAGAGGGAUCAGGCAGAAAUUGACAAUGAGGAUAAGGAGGAGCACAGUUCCUCUUCUACAGCGUCAGAUAUUGCGAUUACAGCCAACUACCCUCCACCAUCAACAUCAGUGAUUUGCCCAUCGUCAAAUAUACUCGAUCGUUCUCCUGCAUACCAUGAACCACCAACGAGAAGUCCAAAUUCGACCCCCAAACAAAAGCAUUCGCCAUCAUUGCCGGACUACACCAGCCCUAAUCUUGCUCAACGACCCCCUUCUUUUUCUUCACCGAGGACAUCCCAGCCUUCAACUUCGACUCCCAAACGAAAGUCCUCACCAAUAAAACCGGAAUACAUGAGUUCUAAUCACGCCUCGCCUGCACAACGAACAUCUUCAUAUCAUCUGCCUUUGGAGUCAGACUUCAUCUCUUUCUCCUCCAAAUUCUCGGCAAGUUUGGGCGUCUCUUCAAGUCAUCAAAGCUUUCUCGUGGCAAAGAUGACGUUGAUAAGGAAUCUUCCCGCACCCGAGAUUCUGACGCCUUUCCCAAUUACGCAAGUGUUUCCCCUUCACGCCGCUCAACUGGAGAUCACUUCAAAUAUUAGAGCCUACCAAGGCGGAAAGUGCUGCAGUGGAGUCAGCUUCCUUCCACACUUUUGCAGCCCACGCAAACCCAGUCAACACCAUGUCCUGGGCAGUGUUCGACUAUUGGGUUAUACAGAUCGGAUUAGAUCCCGGGUCUUUUUUUCUUUUUAG